GUUCCAUCUGCCAAACUCUUACUGCGCGUAAAAAUUCGUUUACGCUCACUUAGGCUCGUCAACUGCAGUGCUGCCGUACUUUUUAUGGAAGACACGACGAUCUCUGCUUCAAACAAUCUUUUUGCUCUAUCAAUUCGCCUUACCGCUCGGGUCAUAACGUGGGGCCUCGUUCAACUAACAAGACUCUCACUAGAUGUACUAUCAUUUUGUACAAUAACACUCCCGAAAUGGACGUAUAAAAUUGUUUCGUUGACUUUGACGGUCCAGUUGAAUUUUCGUUCAAUUGUGAUUCUGUUUUUCAUCUUCUUGGCGUGUGUAUUGGUUGUUAUUCGUUACCGAUAUCUCAAUAAGUACUCUCGUUUACCGGCCGAAUCUCCAAUUGAAGAAGCAAAGCUUGAUAUCGAUGAAGGCCCUACGACAGCAAACUCGAAAGUAAACAGCAUUCAGACCUACUUAGAUGAGUUUUUAAGUGCUAUUCGUAUCUUUGGUUACUUGGAGAAACCAAUGUUCAUGGAACUUGCCCGUUACAUGGAAACACGUAGGAUUGCAGAGGGAGAAACAAUUGUUCUCGCAAAGGAGACUUCAUUCAUUCUCGUUGUUGACGGCUGCUUCCAGGUCUUUGUUAAAAACGAACGAGGUAACCAGGACGAUGCAUUCAGCGAUACCGACAUAGAGAAGAAUUAUUCCCUUCUUACGGAGGUGCAUAAUGGCGCACCGCUUUCUAGUUUAUUCACUAUCUUGGAGCUUUUCACUGAGCUUGUUUCGGACAAUGAUGAACCUGUUCAGGGCAAAAGUGAAAGUCAGGCUAGUUCACCGUUAACGGAUACUCUCAAAGAAAAACGCGAGAGCAAGGCCCAAAGAAAACUGAGAAGUUUCUAUGUUGUUGCACGAGCCAAAGUGGAUACUACUAUCGCUGUAAUUCCAGCUGAUGCAUUUCGACGCUUAAUCAAAAAAUAUCCCAAAGCAGGUGCUCAUAUUUCACAGGUAAUUUUAACACGUUUUGAACGUGUUACGUUUUCGACUGGUUACUACUACUUGGGUUUGUCUGACGCCAUCUAUAAAAUGGAAUUGAACUCGAACCUUCUGACUUCCUAUGAUCUCCCUAAUUACAUUAAGCCGGGACUUAUUGAUGCGUUCAAAACCGAAGCACGAAGUGGUCGAUGCCAAGAGAAAUCCAGAGGGGGUUAUAUUGUCUCGAAAGCAGCCCCAUCACUCUCCAAAACCUUGUACUUUUCUCGAGGUUUACAAUACAAACUUAAUCCCGAUACUUCUUCUCCGCCUUAUGAUUCUUCUACACAUUCGGUUUCCAAUGCUGGUGAUUUGUUCACAUCUACGAAUCCCCAUUCCGCAGUGUCUUCGUCUCUGAAUUUGAGACCGAACACAAAUCAGCGAACAUUUAGUCAUGAGAUUGGUGAUUAUGAUCCACAUGCUUCUCUUCGUGAAGGGGUACUUCGCUGUUUGUUGAAGCUUUGGGGAAUUUCAGACAUAAAUGCUCAUCCCGGAGAAGCAACCUCAAUGGCUAUUAAGGCUAGUGCGUACACUUCUGAUGAAGGAUCAAUGCUUGGUGUUAAUAGUCAUGAUGUAACACUCAAUUUUGCCGAAAAACGAAAACCGCUCUCUGAUUACAAGGCAAGUGAUGCUGGCACCAUCGACAGCGUCAGUAGCUCUAAGAAAAGCACGAACUUUAACUUCAGUAACGAUGUCGAGAUUUUGUUUUACAAGAAAGGUGCUACCUUGGUAUCGCAACGAGAGGCUGUCGAAGGCAUCUUUUAUGUCAUUGAUGGUUUUCUUGAGGUGAACUGCCGCGAUGUUCCUGACCGUAUAUCGUCUUCUUUAAGUAAUGAAGACAGCACACGUUCCUUUCUCAUAAAGCCCGGUGGUUUAGCUAAUUAUCAGUCCUGCAUUGCUAAUUAUUGCUCCUUUGUCACCGUGAAGGCAAGAACAGAUGCGCUUGUUGGUUUCUUUCCACGGUCUGCCUUGGAUAAAAUUGUGGAACGUGAGCCUUUGGUUUCGUUGACCAUUGCGAAGCAAAUGUUAUCGUUCAUUCCAACAAUUCUUUUGAAACUCGACUUUGCUGUGGAAUGGGUUCACCUUGACCCUGGAGAGGUCAUUUGUCACCAAGAUGAACCAAGCGAUUGUGUGUACUAUGUUUUGAGCGGCCGCUUGAGAACCGUUAAGAAAGAUGAAGGGAAAUAUGUUUCUGAGUUCCUCAACGAGUAUAGCAGAGGCGAUAGUGUUGGAGAGCUCGAAAUGCUCACGAACUCUCGUCGCUUAUCCUCGCUGUUUGCUAUUCGUGAUUCUGAGGUUGCAAAGCUACCAAAAACGUUAUUUAUCACGCUUGCCUCCAUCCGUCCUUCAGUCGGCAUUCAAAUGUCUAAAAUUGUGGCCAGCCGUAUGCAAGAUCUCCUCCAGGAAAAAAAUGUUUCAACAUUCCUCUCUGCCCCUAUCAGCAAGCCAAAAUACAACUUACGAACCCUAGCUAUAUUACCGGCUACUCCAAACGCUCCGCUCCUUACGUUUGCUCAAAAGCUUACUGCCGCACUUUUAGAUCUAGGAACAUCUGUUCAACUACUUCAGCAAUCAUCCGUCUUGGGACAUCUUGGCAAAUAUGCUUUCAACCAAAUCGGUCGUUUCAAACUUUCAAGUUACUUAGCAGACCUUGAGGAUAAGCAUGACAUUCUGAUUUACGUUGCAGACACCGGCGUUGGAACUACUUGGCUCGAUACGUGCAUUCGUCAAGCCGAUUGUAUCUAUGUGCUAGCUGAGGCUUCACAGAAGCCGAUCGUCAGUGACUUUGAAAAGUUUCUGCUUUCGACAAAGUCUACAGCGCGAAAAGAGUUGGUUCUGUUACAUCGCGAACGCUUUUGUAUGCCAGGGCUUACACGCACUUGGUUGAGAGAACGGCCAUGGAUUCAUGCUCAUCAUCAUAUUCAGAUGGAAUUAUCGAUUAACUUGGAACCGGAAAUGACCAAGGACACUGAAGCGAAACUGUUUUUGAACACAAUCCGUACCAAGGUGCAAAACCUGCAUUUUGAAUUCAGGAAGUAUAUUGACUGGAAGCAUGUCCGUCCGGUAUACAGAACAGCUCGUUCCCAAAAUAAUGACUUUGCGCGUUUGGCGAGAAGGAUCUGUGGUAAAGCUAUUGGUUUAGUACUUGGCGGCGGCGGUGCACGCGGCAUCUCACAAAUUGGCAUCAUCAAGGUGAUGGAAGAGUAUGGUAUUCCAAUUGACAUUGUUGGAGGCACGAGUAUCGGCGCUUUCAAUGGUGGUCUUUAUGCACGUGAAGCCGACAUUGUUCCCAUGUUUGGCCGAGCCAAGAAAUUCUGUGGACGUAUGUCAAACCUUUGGAGAUUCUUUCUGGACUUGACGUAUCCUCAAGUAGCAUAUACAACAGGACACGAGUUCAAUCGUGGUUUGUGGAAAACUUUCGGCAAUAGUCAUAUCGAAGAUUUUUGGCUUCCGUUUUACGCUAACACAACCAACAUCACGCAGUCUCGUAUGGAUAUCCAUUCUAGUGGUUAUGCAUGGAAAUACAUCCGUGCCAGUAUGUCACUCGCAGGUUUAGUACCUCCCAUGCUCGACGACAAGGGAAGCAUGCUACUUGAUGGGGGUUAUAUGGAUAACCUUACCGUGAAUCACAUGCGCUCACUUGGCGUAAAUGUCAUCUUUGCUGUUGACGUUGGCAGCGAUGAUAUUCGUACGCCCUUUAAAUAUGGGGAUACUAUUUCUGGAGUUUGGGCACUCAUCAAUCGCUGGAACCCCUUUGGACAUCAUCAAGCAUUGCCUACAAUGGCUGAAAUCCAAUCUCGUUUAGCGUAUGUGACAAGCGUCACCGUGGGUGAGCAGGUGAAGUCCAGCCCUGGAUGUUUCUACAUUCGUCCUCCCGUCACCGUAUAUCAGACCAUGGAAUUUGGAAACUUUGAGGUCAUCUAUAAUACCGGCUACACUUUUGGAAAAGAGUAUUUUGGUAAUUUAAAGAAAAAUCACCAACUCGACGAAAUCCUUAAAACCACAAACCAGACUACGAGACAUGACAAUUACCUGAUGACUCGUCGUAACAGUCUUUAACGUAAUUUACAAGCUCAAACUUACUAUUAGGGCCGCUAAUUAUGACCACACUGUUACUACACAUUUCUUAUUACACACUACUUGUCGCAACUUUUGUAACAAAACAAACACCAUAGCGAGCCUACCUCAGCCAUCUUAACGAGCUUCUUCCCUAGAUGGCUUAUACACGGACACCUUUCGCUUCGUUAAGUACUCUUUUGGUGGUGAGUUGUUGACUGGUCUUACCUGUUGCCUACCAACACUUUUUCUAUAAAUUACAGGUUUUGUCCUUCGCAGUACCGUUGAGAUUGUUCAAUCGAGAAGAACUCCAUUUUCUUAAAGAAGAAC